UGUUUCGGCAAACGAAAACGGUGUUCCAGAAACUUCGUUACCUAAGGUUAAAUGGACAGCAGCACACCUGGAGGGCGAAGAGCACCUCAGCCAGGGAGAGGGCACUUCACUACCAAGCUGGGCAGAAGAUACACGGCUUUACAGUCAAAGAGGUUGUAGCAGUUCCUGACUUGUUUCUCACGGCGGUAAAGUUGACCCAUGAUAAAACCGGAGCUCAGUACCUGCAUGCUGCCAGAGAUGACUCCAAUAACCUCUUCAGUGUCCAGUUCAGGACGACGCCCAUGGACAGCACAGGCGUCCCACACAUCCUGGAGCACACGGUCCUGUGUGGAUCAGAGAAAUACCCCUGCAGGGACCCCUUCUUUAAGAUGCUCAACAGGUCCCUGUCCACCUUCAUGAACGCCUUCACAGCCAGCGACUACACCAUGUAUCCGUUCUCCACACAAAAUGGGAAGGACUUCCAGAAUCUUCUGUCCGUCUACCUCGAUGCCGUUUUCUUCCCAUGUUUACGAGAGCAGGAUUUCUGGCAGGAGGGCUGGAGGCUGGAGCAUGAAAACCCUACAGAUUCCAAAACUCCUCUGGUGUUUAAGGGAGUGGUGUUUAAUGAAAUGAAGGGCGCUUUUUCAGACAACGAGCGUCUGUACGCGCAGCACCUGCAGAACAAGCUGCUUCCCGACCACACGUACUCUGUGGUGUCUGGAGGAGAGCCUCUGGCCAUCCUCGACCUCUCCUGGGAGCAACUCAAACAAUUCCACGCCACACACUACCACCCCAGCAACGCCAGGUUCUUCACCUAUGGAGAUCUGCCGCUGGAGCAGCAUCUGAAGCAGAUCGAAGAGGAAGCGCUCUCUAAGUUUGACCGCACCGAACCGAACACGCAGGUCCCGCCCCAGCCUCACUGGUCCACUCCUAGAGAGGACCAUGUGAUCUGCAGCCCUGAUGCUCUGGCUCCUGACCCAGCCAAGCAGAACACUGUGUGCAUGAGCUACCUGCUGGGAGACAUCACAGACACGUUUGAGUCCUUCACCCUCAGCCUGCUGUCCUCUCUGAUGAUCUCUGGACCAAACUCUCCUUUCUACAAGGCUCUCAUCGAACCCAAGAUAGGAACAGACUUCUCCUCUGUCGUUGGGUAUGACGGCAGCACCAAGGAGGCCUCAUUCAGCAUCGGACUGCAGGGAAUGGCAGAGGAUGACAUAGAAAGAGUCAAACAAAUCAUCAGCCAAACCAUCGAUGACAUUAUCGAGAACGGCUUUGAGGAGGAGAGGAUCGAGGCUCUGCUGCAUAAGAUUGAGAUCCAGAUGAAGCACCAGUCCACCAGCUUCGGCCUGGCUCUGGCCUCGUACAUAGCGUCAUGUUGGAACCAUGAUGGCGACCCAGUGGAGCUGCUGCAGAUCAACGACAGCGUGACAAAGUUUAGACAGGCGCUGAAGGAAAACCCUCGCUUCCUCCAGGACAAAGUCCAGCACUACUUCAAGGAGAACACCCACAGACUGACUCUGUCCAUGAGUCCAGACGAGGCGUACCGGGACAACCAGGCCAAGGCCGAGGAGGAGAAACUGCAGACGAAGAUCCAGACUCUAUCUGACAGCAACAGGAAGGAGAUCUACGAGAAAGGUCUGGAGCUGCUGGCCUCUCAGAGUAAAACCCAGGACGCCUCCUGUCUGCCUGCACUCAAAGUGUCCGACAUCGAGCCCACCAUCCCCGUCACUCCUGUACAGCUGGGCUCUGCAGGCGGCGUGCCGGUGCAGUACUGUGAGCAGCCCACCAACGGCAUGGUUUACUUCAGAGCCAUGUGCAGCCUGAACACCCUGCCAGAGGAGCUGCGGCUCUACGUCCCGCUCUUCUGCAGCGUCAUCACCAAGAUGGGCUGCGGGUCUCUGGACUACAGGCAGCAGGCUCAGCAGAAGGAGCUGAGGACGGGCGGCAUGUCCGUGUCCACGCAGGUCACCUCGGACUCCACCCAGAUGGACAUGUACGAGCAGGGCGUUGUCCUGUUCUCCUCUUGCCUGGAGAGGAACCUCCCACACAUGUUUCAGCUGUGGAGCGACACCUUCAACAGUCCUCACUUUGACGAUGAGGAGCGCCUGAGGGUUCUGGUGAUGAUGUCAGCGCAGGAACUGGCCAAUGGGAUCUCCUACUCGGGUCACAUGUACGCUAUGACCCGAGCGGGCCGGAUGCUGAGCCCAGCAGGAGACCUGCACGAGACCUUCGGAGGACUGGAGCAGGUGAAGUUUAUGAAGAGGAUAGCGGAGAUGCCAGACCUCAGCCAAGUCCUCCGAACGCUCCCCAGGAUCAAAAAACACAUCUUCAACCCUGAGCAUAUGAGGUGUGCAAUCAACGCGACGCCACAGAAAAUGUCUGACGCAGCGGGCAAGUUGGAUGAUUUUAUGAGGGACAUCGCUGCAAACAGGAGGGAGCGCAAAUCUAUCAGACCGAAUAUUGUUGAGAGACCGCUGGACCCCCUGGCUGUUCCUGGAUCUGGUCCCAGUAGGAAACUCAUCUCUGAGCCGAAAUUCCAGCCGUGUCAAAUGAAGACGUUCUUCCCGAUGCCCUUCCCUGUCAACUUUGUCAGCGAGUGUAUUCGCACAGUGCCCUUCGCCCACCAGGACUACGCCAGUCUGUGCGUUCUGGCGAGGAUGAUGACGGCAAAGUUUCUCCAUGGAGAGAUCCGGGAGAAGGGCGGAGCCUACGGGGGCGGAGCCAGGAUGGGAGCGGGAGGCCUCUUCUCUUUUUACUCUUACAGGGACCCGAACUCGGUGCAGACUCUGUCGGCGUUUCGUAAAGGAGUGGACUGGGCCAAGUCGGGCACCUUCACCCAGCAGGACAUCGACGAGGCCAAACUGUCUAUCUUCUCAGCCGUCGACUCCCCCGUCGCUCCUUCAGACAAAGGUAUGGGUCGCUUCUUCAGUGGGAUCACAGACGAGAUGAAACAGGGCCACAGAGAGCGACUCUUCGCUGUGAGCCACAACAACCUGGUGGACGUGGCUGGAAGGUAUCUCGGUAUUGGCCAGAGGACGUCGGGUUUUGCCGUUCUGGGUCCAGAGAAUGAGACUCUAAAGAAAGAUCCUUCAUGGAUUGUGAAAUAAUACUAUCAAAUAGGUAUUUUGUUAAUGAAUAUUACUCCAUAUGCCCCGUCUGCUUGUUGCAAUGGAGUCUUCAGAAUGAAGGUGCACAACACAAAGGUUAUAAUCCUCUAGAGCAAAGUGGCCAAAAGUAAGUUGGAUAUUCCAUAUUUAUGUUCAUAACACACUUACAUUUCAUGUUAGAGUUUCUGAUGUCUGGCAUAGACCUUUGCUUCAGAUGAGUAACUUUUGAGUGAGCAUGUGCAGGUGUGAGGAUUUCUGCUUUCAGAAAUGCAGAAUUUCUUCAGGUUACAUAUUAUGUAUGUAUUUAUGAAAAUGUGAACAUUACAUUAUCAUGUUUGAAUACAAAA